AUGGACGACCCCAAGGACCAAUAUCUAGGCGCGCUAGACGAGUUGCAAGGCUUCCUAGACAGCUUUGAUUACAUUUCGGCAGCUUUCUGCCCACGUCUCCGAUGUCAUUUCUCGGGCCAUCAAUGUAUUGACAACAUACUCACGGAUGGUUUAAAAGCCUUUAAUUCGUUGGAAAAUGAGAUAGCAGCAUCCGCUACUAAGGACUGGACUAUUCCCGAGGAUGUUGGCAUUGCGUUGUACGAUUUGGCUAAGAUUUUCGAACCUUUGUUUAACAAAAAGCGAAUCAAGAAAAUGCUAAAACAACAAGCCAAAGAAAGGGCAGCCAAAGUCCGGAUGGACAAAUUAAUAGCAUUGGCAGCUGAAGCUGCAGAUAUAACGAUGCUGGGAUUGAAACUUGAGGCGCAAAUCAAAGCGAUAGAUAGAAAGCAAGAAUUGGAAGAACUGGCGUGGGAAACAGAGGAGGAAAUGGACGAGGAAACAGACGAGGAUACAGACGAGGAAACGAAAGAGAAUAUAAGAGAUGAAGUGGCAGUUGUUUUGGCAGAAAAAGCAACAGCUGAACCAGCAGCUGAACUGGUAGCUGAACUGGCAGCCAAAACAGCAGAGAAAUCCACGGCCGAAACAACACAUAAGCCAGCAGCUGAAAUAGCAGAAAAACCAGCAGUCGAAACAAUGAAUGAAAUGGAGUGGAAAACAGAAGAGGAAACGGCAGAUGAAACAGGGACUAAGGAUAAAUUUCAUUUUCAUUUUGCAGCAAAAUUCAAAAGCUUUCGAGAACAAGCCCGAAAACGUGUAUACGAUAUGAAAACUAAAGGCAACAUUUUCAAAGGCCCUACUGUUAAGAACCCCGUCGAGUAUUCAGUUGUCAAAGACCUCGUUGUCGAGGAUCUUGUUUUCGAGGACCUCGUUUUCGAGGACCCCGUUUUCGAGGACCCCGUUGCCGAGAACUCCAUCCCCCCCGAUGGCGAUAAAGAGUUGAACUCUACAAUGGCAGAAGAACAUCGAAGGCUAACACUGAAGCAAAAUUAG